CCACCGCACCGAGCUAGCAGUUCGCAUUUGGCGACCGCGCGUCGAACAACUAACGCCCUCAAGGAGCAAACAGUGAAAGCGAAGUGUGUUUGUGUGUACAAAAAGUUGCAGUGGUUUUCCCAUUAGGGUUGCAUUUGCACUUGUAAUUCUGUAGCACCUACAAAAUGGCGGCUCCACCGACGGAAGUGAUGAUCAAGAUGGAGGGCACCGAGAUCCAGUCCUAUCUGGAAUCGUUCAACAAGGAAAUCGGCGAAGGCGAGAACGAUGCGGAAUCUCAAAACAACGAAGAGGAAGAAGAAGAUGACGACGACGAAGAGGAUGGAGGAUGCUAUUUUGUAGAUCAGAGUGGCAACUACUACUAUCAGGCCACCAAAGACUCAGAACCGGUUUUGACCACGGCCCCUCCGGAUGUGGAAAUUGAGGAAGAAGAAGAAGAUGCGGAUGAAGUAGACAGAGGAGAAAAUAUUAUAGAAGAACUGCAAAUGACGCAGCCCAAAAUGGAAGAUCCCAAAGAUAUCAGUUAUGUAUUGAUAAUGCAAGGGGGAGAGAACAAGCAACCACAGCAAGAGGCAGCUGAUGAGGAAGUAGAGGAAAACGUGUACGAGUUUGAAGAUCUCGAGUUGACUGAAAUGUCGAAACCAGGCAGUAGUACCGUGGUUAGAAUUAAGACUACGCAAUCCACUGGCGGGAUAAAUCACAUGUGCAAUUACUGUAACUAUACUACCAACAAACGGUUCCUCUUAGCGCGUCACAUGAAAUCGCACUCGGAUGAUCGGCCCCACAAGUGUUCAGUUUGUGAGCGCGGUUUCAAAACUCUAGCUUCCCUACAAAAUCACGUGAACACUCACACAGGAACGAAACCUCACCAGUGCAAACAUUGCGAAAGCACGUUUACAACUUCUGGCGAGUUAGUUAGACACGUGCGCUAUCGCCAUACGCACGAAAAGCCUCACAAAUGUCCCGAAUGUGAUUACGCAAGCGUUGAACUUAGCAAACUGAAGCGUCACAUCCGCUGCCAUACCGGAGAACGGCCCUAUCAGUGUCCCCACUGUACUUACGCAUCACCAGACACGUUCAAGCUAAAGCGACAUCUAAGGAUUCAUACGGGAGAGAAACCGUACGAAUGCGAUGUCUGUCAUGCUCGGUUUACACAGUCGAACUCUUUGAAGGCCCACAAACUGAUUCAUCAAGUUGGUGACAAACCAGUGUUUCAUUGCGAGCUUUGCCCGACAACAUGUGGGCGCAAGACAGACCUUCGAAUCCACGUUCAAAAGCUUCACACUCCCGUCGAAAAGCCUCUCAAGUGUCGGCGAUGCAACAAAAUCUAUCAGGACCGUUACACCUACAAAAUGCAUACCAAAACUCACGAAGGUGAAAAAUGUUACAAAUGUGACCUUUGUCCAUAUGCUUCGAUUUCGGCGCGCCAUCUCGAGUCACACAUUCUGGUGCAUACGGAUCAGAAGCCAUUCCAGUGUGAAAUGUGCGAACAAUCCUUCCGACAAAAGCAACUGCUCCGUCGUCAUAUUAACCUAUAUCAUAAUCCGGAUUACGUGCAACCGACUCCUAAAGAUAAAACGCAUAAGUGUCCUAACUGCCCGCGGUCGUUCCGGCACAAGGGAAAUCUUAUUCGACAUAUGGCGCUUCACGAUCCGGAUUCGUCUGCACGCGAAGAACAGCUCGCUCUCAAGGAAGGGCGCCAAAAACGAGUGAAUAUCACUUUGGAACAGGUGGAUGAAUACGAAGGCGAAGAAGACGAAGACGAGGAGGAUGAGGAAGACGAGGACGAUGAUCAGGAUGAAGUGAUGACGGUCGAGGGCGAAGAUGGUCAGUAUGUUGUUUUGGAAGUUAUUCAACUGCAAGACGAGGAGGAACAAAAACCGAAAAUAACUACGGACAAACAAGUCGUUUUUGAAGAAGUUAACAUUCCGGAGGAUCGAGACACUCUAGAAGAGUCCAAUGCUGAUUUCAUUCUAAACGAAGAUCUAUCCGACGAAAUGCUUAUGAGUACGCUUCAACCACCGGCAAAAAGGGCCCGUUACGGUUCACUCCACAGUACCUCAGUAUCACACGGUAACGAUAUUGAGAAAGAUAUGAGCAACUGUUUCGGAUUUGAUGACGAUAGUGAUGAUGAAGGUAAACCCAACAUCACCUUGCUCAACUAGUGACCUAGAUGAUAGUCAUCAUCAAUAGGGCUUUCAAACCCAAAAUUCAUCUUCCACACGCAUCAGACGCCUGCAACUGUUUACCCUCGAAAAAUAUUGGUGAAUAAUCGUGUCAGUUCUAUAGCAUGAAUGGGAAAUCAACUGAUCUGAAAUAAUUCCUAACACCAAAUAUGACAAACAGUCAUAUAGGUAGCCAGAAUAAACAACCAGUCUUUAGUUCAGAUUAUUUCGCCCGGAUUUUGAACAUGCCUAGUCAGAAUGAUUAUAAUGGGCACUUCGUAAACGCUUUGUAUUUUAUUUUAGAUUCUACUAAAUUGUAAGAGGAUUGUUUGCCAUCUGCGGCUAGCUAGGUUUGUAUAAUAGAAGCAGAUAGUUGCUGCUCACUCUUACCGUAGGCUUUACAACGUUCCAAAUGCGAACCGUUAGAAUACAGUGUAAAUUUGUUAAAAUUGAAUAAACCUAAGUUUUAAUACAUUA